AUGCCGCUGAGUGAGGACGUGAUGUAUCUUAUCGCCUCUUACCUCGACGUUCGGAGCAUAGGACGCAUGGCAGUGGCGUCUUCACAUAUGUAUCGACUGGUUGUUCCACAGCACUUUUCCCAUACAGUCAUUGGUUCUGGCCACAGAGGAAAGUCAAAAUGCGCCUACCUCUUCCAACGGGACUCCAUCUUGGACACCAUUCGCGCUAGUUACAUCCGCCAUCUCGAAGUAAUAGGAAUACUACUGGACGACUCCGAAUACUUUGACGAAGCUUUUACUGCGAUGAAGGAUGUUCUUCCGGUUCUCUACCAUGCCGCCCCGACACUACGCACAGUCGGUUUCUACACAUCUUACAGAGACGGAGCGACGGUGCACUUCGAGCGCGAGCCGCUUUUGCUCAAUGUAAUCGCUACAAUGCCUAUGCUCGCCACAUUGCAUCUCAAUCUCGACCCAACCCUCUUCCCGCAUUUUUCCGCCUUUCCUCCGGACGCCCCCCUCAAGUCCCUCUACCUCAAUUUCACAGAACCCCUCGUCACCACAGGCCAUACCAUCACGUUCUCUGAUUUCGUGCUCAUCCUCGCCCGUUUCACACAUCUGCACGAUUUUCAUGUACAAUGCCUCGACACUCUCCUCGGCUGGCACGUCCAUCACAUCGCGCCCCCCGGGCUCCCCUUCUUCCAAAGCCUCCUCGACCUUGAUCUUGGAUCCCACUCCACCGUCGCACUUCCACUCGUCCCACUGUGUCCGCGCCUCUCCUCCCUAUCCUGCGCCAGCGUCCAGCUCCCCAUUCACGCGCUCCUCCAGGACUCCUGCCCGUACAACGGUCCACGCUGGCCUCCCCUCCGCACGCUCACUCUGUCCCUCCCCACCGGCGCCCCGCUGCUCUCCCACUGGGCGGUCGCCUCCCGCGCCGCCUCAAGCCCCACGCGUGGCGUCGCACACGUGCACCUCAAGAACUGGAAGGCGUCCGCGACCACCCUCGACGCGGUGGACACCGCGGAGUCCCGCGGGCUCGCGGCGCUGCUCUCAGCUACGUGGCCCGUCGCGCUCACGCUCGAGGUCGUCCCGUCCCGCAACGCGCCCGGGCCCGGGUCCGGGAUGGAGCCCGAACGGACGUGGCGGAAAAUCGCCGGCGGGCCGCACCGGCUGCGGUCUGUAGACAUAACCGUUCACACUCGCAGGGACGAGGACAUCAUCCCGGGCGUACUGUGCACGGCGCUCGCGGGGCUCCCGCUCGUCCACCUCUCGGUCGAGGAGCGGCCGCAUUUCGUCGACGAGCGCAGGGGCGUGGUCGAGAACAGGCUCGCGUUCCGGAGGAAGCAGCGCGACGCGCCGCGCGCGCUCGCCGCGGCGCUUCCGACGCUGAAGGUGUUCCACCUGAGAGGCUGGGAGUGGGAUCCCCUGCUGGAUUCCGUGUUCGCGCGAGAGGACGACGGCGCACCCGACGCGGUGGCGGAGCUCCGGGAGCUCGAAGCCUCUCUGUCCGACCGCAGUGAUCACUGGUGGUGGAUCGAGGACGAGAUGGAGAAGGAGAGUGAGGGCGACAGGGAGAUGGUGGAGAUCUGGAGGGAAGACGGGGAGGCGGCGAGGGAGCUCGUGCGGAGUCUCAGCUUCGACCUGCAGACGAGCCUGAAAAGUGAUGAAGGCUGGGUAGUGCGAAUAUCUGGAGUAUUGAAGGCGGUUCCUUUUUAUUGUGGUUUGACGCCAGUGGGACGGGAUAAAUCCACUACGUACGGCGACCACUGGGAACUGCUAUCGAGGUUGCAGUUGACGCCCGCGCAGUGCAGGGAAGUGAAGCGCGGGCACCCGGCAGACGAUCCCGAGCAGGAUCGCGGCAACACUGCAGGCCUCGAGGGAAAACCGGAGGAGACUGAAGAGGGCAGGAAGACCGGGGGUGUGGGUUGUGCCAGGACGCCGCCAGCACACAGUACGCACGUCGGCCCGGGGUACUUAUGGCCCGGAGCCAAGAAGCUGCAGGAAAGCCGGAGGAUGGGGAGGGACAUUGAGGAACGGCAAUGGAUGCGCACCUCUGAGGUCAUUGCUAAGCAAUGUAUGCUCGGGCGGUUUUUCGAGGUGUGGCAAGACGGGACACACCACGUCUUCCUGGACCUCUCCAAUAUGAACGCAACCCCUCGAUUGAACGACGACAUCAUGUAUCUCACACUCCCGUACAUCGACCCAUCCAACCUGGCCAUGACAUCUUCGCAUAUGUACCAACUCGCAUUCUCUGUUCGCUUUGCAGACGUAUCCAUAGAAGUCGGACGAAGAGGGAAAGCGCAAGCUGACUUCCUCCUCCAACGAGACCCAGUCUUGAACACGGUCCGCGCCUCGAACAUCCGCCGUCUUUUCGUGGAGUCUCCCCACGACGACACUAUUGACUUCACCGCGCAUAUUCUGCCUGUUCUUCAACACUCCGCAGCGAAGUUGCGCAACUUGCGCGUCGUACCUUCCUACACAGACGGAUUUGAGCGCGAUCCCCGCUUGCUCGCCGCGAUCACGACCAUGCCGAAGCUCACCUCGCUGGACCUCUCGCUGGAUCCGACACUUUUCUCCCACUUAUCCAAUUUCCCUGCCGACACCGUCAUCGAGACUCUUGUCCUCGUAUUCUCAAGCCCAACAGACGGUAUCGGCCGCGUCACGUUCUCCGCUUUUGUUACAACCCUCGCCCGCUUCCCUCGUCUGCGCGACCUCAACGUCGGGUUUCUGGACUUUAUCCUCCACGGCCCAGUCAAUCCCAUCGCACCUCCCGGACUUGCACCCCUUCCAAGCCUGGCUAGUCUUUCCCUCGGUGUCUACAGUACCGUCGCACUCCCGCUGUGCCCGCUGUGCCCGCGCCUCUCCUCCCUGCGCUGCCAGAGAGGCCAGCUCGACCUCUCCGCUCUCCCCUCGGACCUCGGUCCAUACACCGGCCCCCGAUGGCCCCCGAUCCGCUCCCUCUCGCUGUCCCUGCCUCGUGGCGCGCCGCUGCUUUCGCACUGGUCCGUCGCUCACCGUGUGGCCUCGGGCUCUGCGGGCGUCGCGCGGGUGGCCAUCGAACGCUGGCCCGCCGAUGCGCGCACGCUGGACGCCGUGCCGGACGCGGCGGAGUCGACCGGGCUCCCGUACUUGCUCGCGGCGAUGAAGCCCGUCGCGCUCGUCCUCGACGUCGCCCCUUGCACCGCGGGCGCGCACACCCCCACACUCCGGUCCGAACGAACGUGGCAGGCGAUCGCCGCCGCGCCGCGCCGGCUGCGCUCCCUCGACCUCACCAUCGGCGGGCACGCUCCCCCGGAUGGUCACGAGCCCCUGGUCCCGGACGUGCUGUGCACCGCGCUCGCCGGCCUACCCCUCGUGCACCUCGCGAUCGAAGAGCGCCCGCACUCCAACAUCGCGGGGUUCCCCGUGAGCCACGCGGCAGAGCUCGCGCGCAUCCAACGGCUGCUGCGCACGCCGCGCGCGCUCGUGGAAGCGCUGCCGACGGUGCGCGUCCUGCAGGUGCGCGGGGCGUGUCCGGCGGUGCUGCCGCGCACGGCGGAGGUUCGGGAGCAGGAUGAGGGCGAGGCGGCGGCGCUGGCGGAGCUGCGGCGGAUCCAGGAGGAGGUGCAGCGGAGGGAGCGGUGGUGGUGGGCCGAGGACGUGCUCGGGGCUGCCGGGGCCGAGCGGACGUUGGUGGAGCUCUGGAGGGAGGACGGGGAGCGGGCGAGGGAGAUCGUAGAGGGUGACGACUUUGAUGUCAAGACGAGCUUCAACGUCGACAUGAAGAUAUCAUCUACCCUCUUUUCUCAUCAGCUGGGCCUCUCCAAUAUGAACGCAACACCUCAAUUGAACGACGACAUCAUGCAUCUCAUACUCCCGUACAUCGACCCGUUCAACAUGGCCAUGACAUCUUCGCAUAUGUACCGACUCGCAUUCUCCGUUCGCUUUGCAGAUGUAUCAAUAGAAGUCGGACGAAGAGGGAAAGCGCAAGCUGAAUUCCUCCUACAACGAGACCAAGUCUUGAACACGGUCCGCGCCUCGAACAUCCGCCGUCUUUUCGUGGAGUAUCCCCACGACGACACUAUCGACUUCACCGCGCAUAUUCUUCCUUUAAUUCAGCACUCCGCAGCGAGGUUGCGCAGCUUAGGCGUCGUGACUUCCGACCCAGACGGGUUCGAGGGUGAUCCUCGCUUGCUCGCCACGAUUACGGCCAUGCCUCAGCUCACCUCGCUGCACCUCUCGCUGGAUCCGACACUUUUCUCCCGCUUGUCCCAUUUCCCUUCCGACACCAUCAUCGAGACUCUUGUCCUCGUAUUCUCAGACCCCGGCGACAGUCUCGGCCACCUCACGUUCUCCACUUUUGUCACGGCCCUCGCCCGCUUUCCUCGUCUGCGCGACCUCAAUGUCGGGCCCCUGGACUUGCUCCUCGGCCGGGCAGUCGAUCCCAUCGCACCGCCCGGACUUGUACCCCUUCAGAACCUGGUCAGUCUUUCUCUCGAAGGUCACAGCGCCGUCGCACUCCCGCUCUGCCCGCUCUGCCCGCGCCUCUCCUCCCUGCGCUGCGACGGCGGCCAGCUCGACCUUCCCACUCUCGCCUCCGAACUCGAUCCAUACACCGGCCCGCGGUGGCCCGCGAUCCGCUCGCUCUCGCUCUCCGUCCCCGGUGGCGCACCGCUCCUUGCACACUGGCCCGUCGCGCGCCGCGUGGCCUCGGGCUCUGCGGGCGUCGUACGCGUCCGCAUCGAAAGCUGGAGCGCGGAUGCGCGCACGUUCGACGCCGAGUCGGACGUGGUGGAGACGCUCGGGCUCCCGCAGCUGCUCGCGGCGACGAAGCCCGUCGCGCUCGUCCUCGACGUCGUCCCCUCCACCGCGCCCGCGCCCGCGUCGACGGCCCCCCAAGUCUUUCCCGAACGAACGUGGCGGGCGAUCGCCGGCGCGCCGGCGCUCCGGCUGCGCUCCCUCGACCUCACGAUCCGCGGGCACGCGCCCCCGGAUGGCCAGGAGCCCAUAGUCCCGGGCGUGCUGCGCACCGCGCUCGCCGGCCUGCCUCUCGUGCAUCUCGCGGUCCAGGAGUGCGCGCACUACACCGACGCGGGGUUCCCCGUGAGCCACGCAGCGGAGCUCAGGCGCAUCAGGCGGCUGCUGGGCGCGCCGCGCGCGCUCGUGGACGCGAUUCCGACGGUGCGCAUCCUGCAGGUGCGGGGGGCGUGUCCCGCGGUGCUGCCGCGCACGGCGAAGGAGGUGGGCGAGCAGGAUGAGGGCGAGGCGGCGGCGCUGGCGGAGCUGCGGCGGAUGGAGAAGGAGGAGGUGCAGCGGUGGGAGCGGUGGUGGUGGGCUGAGAACGCGCUGGGGGCCGCCGGGAACGAGCGGGCGUUGGUGGAGCUGUGGAGGGAGGACGGGGAGCGGGCGAGGGAUAUCGUAGAGGGUGACGACUUUGAUGCGAAGACGAGCUUCGACGGUGUUGGGAGCGUGCUGACAGGCGCUGUGGGCGUCGUAGGCUUCAUGCUGCCAAAGCGCAUAUACCGUCCGUAA